AGCUGCCCUCCUCCUUCCUUUGUUCCUGUGGCUGGGGGGGGGAGGGUUUAUCCCCUUCCUCCCUCCACAACAUGGAGCCAUCUCCUCUGUCUCCUAGUGGGGCAGCACUCCCCCUGCCUCUAUCACUGGCACCACCCCCACUACCCCUGCCUGCGGCUGCAGUGGUACAUGUGUCCUUCCCUGAAGUGACCAGUGCUCUUCUGGAGUCUCUCAAUCAGCAGCGGCUGCAAGGCCAGCUCUGCGAUGUGUCUAUUCGAGUACAGGGCCGAGAGUUCCGGGCUCACCGAGCUGUCCUGGCUGCCUCCUCCCCUUACUUUCAUGACCAGGUCCUGCUCAAGGGCAUGACCUCCAUCUCGCUGCCCAGCGUCAUGGACCCAGGUGCCUUCGAGACUGUCCUGGCUUCUGCUUACACUGGCCGCCUUAGCAUGGCUGCUGCCGAUAUUGUCAACUUUCUCACAGUGGGGUCUGUGCUUCAAAUGUGGCACAUUGUGGACAAGUGCACUGAACUCCUCCGAGAAGGCCGAGCCUGAGCUACCACCACCAUCACUACUGCUGCAGCCACCUCUGUCACUGUCCCUGGUGCUGGGGUCCCAUCAGGGAAUGGGGGUACUGUAGCCCCUGCCACGAUAGGCUCUAUGCGUUCUCAUGCCUCUAGCCGGGCCAGUGAAAAUCAGUCUCCCAGCAGCAGCAACUACUUCAGCCCCCGGGAGUCCACCGAGUUCUCAUCUUCUUCCCAGGAGGCAUUUGCAGCUGCAGCAGUGGGCACUGGGGAGCGUCGAGGAGGUGGCGCUGUAUUCCCAGCCUCUGUUGUUGGCAGUGGGGGGGGCACCUCUGGGAAGCUGCUGCUGGAGGCAGAUGAGCUAUGUGAUGAUGGUGGGGAUGGGAGGGGGGUGGUGGUUCCCGGGGCUGGGCUCCGGAGGCCCACCUACACCCCUCACAGCAUCAUGCCACAGAAACAAUGGGUAUAUGGGAAGCGAGGUGGGAACUGCCCAGCACCAGCACCCCUGGUUCCCCAAGACCCAGAUCUGGAGGAGGAAGAAGAGGAGGAAGACCUGGUAUUGACCUGUGAGGAUGAUGAAGAUGAAGAGCUGGGGGGUGGCUCCAGGGUUUCAGCUGGGGGAGGGCCUGAGGCUACCCUCAGCAUAAGUGAUGUUCGAACCCUGAGUGAGCCUCCAGGCAAGGGGGAGGAGCAGGUCAACUUCUGUGAGUCCUCCAAUGACUUUGGUCCCUAUGAGGGUGGGGGUCCUGGGGCAGGGCUUGAGGACUCAGGGGGUCCCACUCCCUCCUCCUAUGCCUUCUUCCACCCUCCCCGUUCCCUCCUUCCCUUGGACAUGCAGGGCAACCAGAUCCUGGUCUUCCCAUCUUCCUCGUCCUCCUCACAGGCUCCAGGCCAGCCCCCAGGUAACCAAGCAGAACAUGGGGCUGUGACCCUGGGGGGCACGUCAGUGGGGGGCCUGGGCGUGCCGAGUGGUGCUGGUGGGGCCCCUGGAGGGACCAGCAGCGGGGACGGAAAUAAGAUCUUUCUGUGCCACUGCGGGAAGGCUUUCUCCCACAAGAGCAUGCGGGACCGGCACGUGAAUAUGCACCUCAAUCUGCGUCCCUUUGACUGCCCUGUAUGCAACAAAAAAUUCAAAAUGAAGCACCAUCUGACGGAGCACAUGAAGACGCACACCGGUCUCAAGCCCUACGAGUGCAGCGUUUGUGCCAAGAAGUUCAUGUGGCGGGACAGUUUCAUGCGCCACCGGGGACACUGUGAGCGCUGCCACCGCCUGGGUGGUGGUGGGACCGGACCUGGACCUGGACCUGGGACGCCCACAGUGCCAGUCUUGCCGCCCAAGAGAGAGUCCCCUAGUGCAGGCGGGGGCUGUGGCGACGAGGCGAGUGGGGCCACGCCCCCGUCCAGCAGACGUGCCUGGUCCCCACCCAGCGUCCACAAGCUGGAGAUGGGGUUCAAUGGGGGCGGAGGAACAAAUUGAGUUAGGCUACUCGGGGUAGCUUUCGGGGGAAGGGGGGAUAGGGAGCACGAUACAGGGCGCUAUGUCCCCGAGGUGCUCUCCUACCGCACUAUUGUCUUCCUUUAUCUUUAUGGACUUGUAUAUAUUCUGGAGGGGGAAUUACAGUGUACCAUCAGCCCAUUCCACUCCUCAGUCCUUCUCUCCUAAGUUAUUUUUGGAACCAAGCCCUUCCUUCCCUGAUGGGUACACCGAAGUCCUAGCUUUACAGGGCAGAGUGCGCAUGGAGAGGUAAAUGGGAGUGUGUUGAGCAUCCUGGAGUCACAGGUUCAAGGGUCAGGUGGUUGUAGCCUGUGCCUGAAGUCCGUUUGUGUUUUGGGAAUCAGGCCUUUGAACCCUAACCUUUUUUUUUUACAGCUUAACCCCUCCAGAAGAAUUCGCUCCUUAUUUCUACCCUAUUUCACCCCCCCCCACACACACACCUCCCUUGGGUAUCCCCCAACUCGGCUCUCACAGGGAAGUGGGUGGAGAUAAAGAGGAAGUUGAAGGA